GGAAACUUUAAUUAAUAAACAGGAACUGCGCUUCACAUGCACAUCUUUCCGCAGCCAGGACCCACUGGACCAGCAGUCCGACUCACUUCCGGUUCGACUGCACUGGUAACCCUUUCCUACCCGCAGCGCUGCCGCCAGAGGCGGCGGUUCGGCAACACGCGCCGCCAUUGGUGGAGACGCGUCGUCACUGCGUCUCCGUCGGUCCGUGAGUGGCGGUGGAGGCUGUCAGUCAGCGUUCGGCUGCUGCCGAGACUCCAGAGAGAGGGAGAUGUCAGAGGCUGAGCUGCUCCCUCCCUUCAGUAGCACUAGUGGGGUUCAGCAGCCAGCAUGGCCACAGCUGCCUCCAGCCCCUACACCCUGCUCAGCUCCAGCCCCAUGAUCCACCCGGACAGCCAGGCCAUGCAGCCUGCUAGCCCCUACAGAGGUCACCAGAAGCUCCUCCAGAGUGACUACCUGCAGAGCAUGCAGAGCAACGGACACGCACUCGGGCACCAGUGGGCGAGCAGCCUGUCGGAGGGCAGCCCCUGGUCGGCCUCCAUGGAGCAGCAGGACAUCAAGCCAGGCCGGGAGGACCUGCAGCUCGGCAUCAUCCAUCACCGCUCCCCGCACGUAGCGCAUCACUCCCCUCAUCACAACAACCAUGGCAACCACCCGGGGGCCUGGGGAACUCCGGUGUCCCACAACUCCUCCAUCACCAGCGGGCAGCAGAUCAACAUCUACUCCCAGACGGGCUUCACUGUCAACGGCAUGCUGGACCACGGCGGGCUCACGCCUCCACCCAACCCGCAGGGCCAAGGCAUGCACCCGGGCCUCAGGGACACGCUCAGCCCCGAGCACAGCGACCUCGGCGGGCACCACUGCCACGACCACUCCGACGAGGAGACGCCGACCUCGGACGAGCUGGAGCACUUUGCCAAGCAGUUCAAACAGCGGAGGAUCAAGCUGGGCUUUACGCAGGCGGACGUGGGUCUGGCUCUGGGCACGCUGUACGGUAACGUCUUUUCCCAAACCACCAUCUGCAGGUUCGAGGCUCUGCAGCUGAGCUUUAAAAACAUGUGCAAACUAAAGCCGCUGCUGAACAAGUGGCUGGAGGAGGCAGACUCGACCACGGGCAGCUCGAGCAGUAUAGACAAGAUCGCAGCUCAGGGGAGGAAGAGAAAGAAGCGGACGUCCAUCGAGGUCAGCGUGAAGGGGGUGCUGGAGACGCACUUCCUCAAGUGUCCCAAACCGUCCGCGCAGGAGAUCACCUCGCUGGCGGACUCGCUGCAGCUGGAGAAGGAGGUGGUGCGCGUGUGGUUCUGCAACCGGAGGCAGAAGGAGAAGCGCAUGACGCCGCCGGGAGAGCCGCCGCCGCACGAGGGACCGUAUUCUCACAGCGGGAGCGCGGGGGACGCCUCGUCGUGUCACGAUCUCUGACCGAAGCACCGGGAGGAAUCCCCCAACCCCCCCCACCCUUGCCCCCGGCACAGACUCUCGAGCGCAGGGGCGCGCUCGGCGGCACCUUUCCACAGCCGCCGCGCCCGUCCCGGUACGGACUCGUCCCGACGCCUCCAGCACUGAAACAUGACAAUAACAACCAGAAAGACACCCGUUCAGCCUUCGUCCUUUAUUUUGUAACUGUCACGAGGGCAUUAUUCUAUAUAUAUAUAUCGGCAUAUCAAACGUCACAUUUUCAGAUCACCUUUUUUUUUUUGUGGAGCCCGCCAAAUUAUUUUCUACAUCACGGAUAUAAUUACAAAAAUGUGCCUAUAAUAACCUGCCUGCGCCUUCGGUUUGUGGGUCGUGUCACCGUUUCCCCAUCAGCUCGAUAAUAAGGACAGUGUGGGACCGAUGUUUCUGAUUUGUUUUGGCUUCUCUCUCUCUCUCUCACACACACAUACACGCGCACACACACACACACACACACGCUCACACACACGCUCGCACACUUCGCCUCUGAUCAGUGGAGUGAAACUGAUAAUAAUAUCACUUUUCUUAAUUGAUUUGUUGCAGCACCAGAGGCCAUUUUGCAGUCCACCUCCCGCUUCCCUCGGGCUUUACACAGCGCUUUAGUUACAUCCAUUACUUUGUAACAUACUCGUAGCGGAUCUGUAAUUAUUAUUAUUAUUAUUUUAAUUAUUUUUUUGUGGCAUAUGCACAUAUAGGCCCUCGUUCCAGCUGUAGAGGUAUUGCUGCCGUCAUAAUAGCACUUGGAGGUUUUAUUUUUAUUCAAUUCCUCCCCUAUGGCCUGUAGCUUGUGAAGACACACACACACACACACACACACACACACACACACACACACACACACACACAGAGUUAGAUCUAUUCAUAGAUCCAUGUAUUUGAUUUCCAUCAUCUUCGACCAUAUAAACUGUGUGGACUCUGAAGCAGAGUAAGAGGGAGGGGUUGACUGACGCUAUACACCUGCCUAUAAUUUUAUUGUAUGUUCAAUAUCAAAAAGUUUUUAUAAUCUUAAAUACUCCUGUUAUUUGGUUUAUUUCCUAAGUAUUUUUUCGAAUAUUGUACAGUUUUAUAUAUUAUCCCUUUUUGAAGUCAUUAAUUUAAACAAAUGCUCUUAGUUAUUCAUGCACUUAAUUAGCAAUGUAAAAAAACAAACAAACAAAAAAAUAUUUUCAGUAAGAUUGAACUGUUUCGGCGGUUUUAUUCCAAAUUUCGAUGACAGCUCAAGUGAUUAUUUAUUUUCAGUAUAAAGCUUGUAUUAUGUUUUGAAAUAAACUAUGUAUGUUGUAAUAAACAAUUUC